AUGUUGAUUAGAUCAAAUAGAUUUGAGACUGACCCAUCACAGCUAUCAUUUGAAUUCACCAGCACACUGGCCAAUCCAUCCAGCCAAUCAGAAGCUCCAAAGCACUACAGUGAAAGAAUUACAGCCAUAUCAGCACACCAAAUUCUUCAAGACUUAGACAACAAUAACAAGUUUAUUAUUUCUUCUGAAAGUAAUGAAGAGAUAUCUCAACACAAGUGCAAAGAAUCUGUCAUGGCAGUACACUCUGCUUCAAAACUCAGGUUGCAAACUUACAUACUUAAUAGAAAGGAGCUUCUCAACCAUUUGGCUCACAUUCAUAGAAAUUAUUAUAACAUUAGCUCAGUCAAGAUCAAUAACAACAUCUACCUCUGGUUCCAUUUAGCAAAUAGACCAGCUAGAGCUGAAGAUGCUUUAAGCAUUUACAAAUUCAAACAUUAG